AUGUGCGGAAGAACGGCACAAUCAGUGGCCGCUGUCUCGGCAGCUUCAACCUCUUUAAGGACUAAUUCCCGCAAUGGUGGCAGAAGCGUGGUUGACAGAAUUGGUCCUAGACGAUGCAGCAAUGACGGCGGGGAUAAUGGAUCAUCCACAACCAACGGUGAAACAGACAAAUCAUCAAUCCCUCAAGAAGACGGGACGUAUCCCUGGGGCGACAAUUUCAAUCUGAGCCCUGGCCACGACGCUGUGGUUUUCUCACUGAACAAAGAAGGACAAUUGCAAAUGGAUCGGAAGAUUUGGGGCCUUGUUUCCAAGGGUGGAACGAGCAAGGCUCCUCUUCAAGAAGGGCCCUCCAAGCAUUUUUCCAACCUGAUGUUUAAUGCUCGAUCUGACACUCAUUUCUCCAAGCCUACGUUCUCCCGGCUCUUGGGUGAACGAAAAACUUGUGUUGUGGCCUUUGAUGGAUUCUUUGAAUGGAAAGCAGAUCCUCUGGGCGGAGGAAAGGGAAAGAAGCAACCAUACUACGUAUUCCGUAAGAAUCCACCCGAAAAAGAGGGAAACUGCAAGGAUCCAAAUCAACAAUCAGCUCAGAAAAGUCCCUAUCUUCUGAUGGCAGGGCUGUGGACAUCUGUUCCAACGGGAUACUCUCCUCCAAAACCAGCCACACUGGACACAUUUACUGUACUCACCACGGAGGUUUGCAAUCCGUUGAGAUGGCUGCAUUCCAGGAUGCCCGUCUGUAUUUGGGAUGAAGAGUUGGCGUGGAAAUGGCUACAGGAACCAUCGCAACAAAUACACCAACAAAUUGACGAGCAAUCUCAUCUUACUGAACAAUAUCUUUUGGAUUGGCAUGCGGUGACUACUCAAAUGAGCUCUACCAAAUACAGAGAGGCAGAUGCCAUCAAAGCUCUGCCCAAACCAAAAAGUGUCAAGGCUUUCUUUGCUCCCAUUGGAAAAUCCAAACCUUCUUCGGACACAAAGAAGAAAGCAGGCACUAACACGAAAGAGUCUACCGGCACUGGUAAGAAGGGCGAGUCCAUCAAGACGGCAACAACCACGAAGCGUGCAGCACCCAUUGUUAGCCCUGGAAAAAAGCCUGCAACCAAAAAAGCCAAACUUGAUUCCACGAAGAAGGGAUCAAUCACAUCUUUCUUCUCGCCAAAGAAGUCAAAGACAUAG